CAUUCUACUGUAGGCUGAUUACAUUUAGAGCAAUCUGAUGCAUCUGAUCGACACUACAAAGGUAUGUCGGGACGGGGGAGAAAUUGGGAAGACGAGGAAACAAAAGCAUUGCUUGUCAUUUGGUCGGAUAGUAAAAUACAACGGAAGCUUGGAGGGAUGCGAAAUGCGGCAGCUUAUCGGGAUAUAAGUGGACGGCUGGCAGCCAUGGGUUUCUGUCGCACUGUCGACCAGGUACGACGUAAAGUUAAAUUGAUGAGGUGUGAAUUCAAAAAAGCCACAGACCACAACAUAGGAAGCGGAUCUCGCGGGAAAAUGUGUAGAUUUUACAGAGAGCUAUCUGAUAUAUUAAGCAGCACAGCGGAUAUGAAUGUGCCGCAGGGUUCUGUGUCACCAGCACCGGCUUAUUUCACCUCAAGUCCUGAAAGCAGCUUCAUAAUAAAGGAAGAGCCUACUUCUGAAGACGAGGAGGAUGUGAAAAAAAUGAAUGAGCCCUCAAUCAGUGCAGAUUCUUCAAGUCUAAUGGGAAAUGUAACCUCUAGCAAUGUAACUUUUCAAGGAGACACAACAUCAACAUCUGGUACAGAAUCACGAUGCUGAGGGACGGAUGUGUGACUUCUGAUCUGGAAUUUCUCCCCAGCCCCCUCAGGGCUUAGCGAAACACAAAAUGCUCUCCGAUUAAGGGAGCGGUCGGACAAGUCGUUCAACUGAGACACGGAAACCGCCGAAGGAGAGAGCGGGGAGAAUACGAGUACGGAUAAUAUUUCAGAACAACUGCGACGAAGCUUGUGGGAUAAUGAGUAAAUCGCAACAACAACUGCGCACUGGAACUCGGAAUUGAUUGCCACGUGAAUUAUCUAGCCUACAUUAGGCUACGGGCUCCACAGGUCAGUGCAGCAUGCAGUAGCAGGCGCAUGCAGUGGGACCAGUGAGAGAGAGAGAGAGAGAGAGAGAGAGAGAGAGAGAGAGAGUGAGGGCAAGCGAGUGAAAGACUGCAGGCCGGAUGGCGCUCUUCAAGCUGCAGAAUGUGGAGGACUUCUAUGAGAUCGGACAGGUGCUGGGCAGUGGGCACUUUGGGCAGGUGCGGGAGGUGCUGGAGCGGGCCACGGGCGUGCGGUGGGCUGGCAAGUUCCUGAAGCUGCGAAAGAACGCCAGCAGCAGGCUGGGGAUCGAGAGGAAGAGUGUGGAGAGGGAGGUGGAGAUCCUGCAGGCCCUGCAGCACAGAAACAUCAUGGCCCUCAAGGACGUGUUCGAGAGCAGAGCGGAGGUGGUGCUCAUCGUGGAGCUUAUCAGUGGGGGGGAGCUGUUCGACUUCAUUGCGGAGAAGGAGGCUCUGACAGAGAACGAGGCGAUUGAGUUCAUCAAGCAGAUCCUGGAGGGGGUGGGAUUCAUGCACAGCAAGCGUAUCGCCCAUUUUGACCUCAAGCCGGAAAACAUGAUGUUGUUGGACAAGGAAGCAGAGCACCCACACAUCAAGGUCAUCGAUUUUGGACUGGCCCACUGCUUUACCCCUGGGGAGGUGUACCAGAGCCUGUGUGGCACCCCCCAAUACAUUGCUCCUGAAGUAAUAAACUACGAGCCCCUAGGUUUUUCAGCGGACAUGUGGAGCAUAGGUGUAAUCACCUACAUUCUGCUGAGUGGUAUGUCCCCCUUCCAAGGAGAUUCAGAUGAGGAGACGCUAAGAAACAUUGUGGAGAUGAAAUAUGAGUUUGAUGACCAGUAUUUUAGCCAGACCAGCGCCAUGGCCAAAGACUUCAUUCAGAAGCUGCUGGUGAAAGAUCCAGUUGAGAGAAUGACAUCAGAGGAAUGUCUGCUACAUCCCUGGAUCAAGCCACUCACACGAAAGCAGAAAGCCAACAGAAGUCGCUCGUCAAUCAACAUGAAGAACUUUAAGAAGUUCAAUGCCAAGAGGAAGUGGAAGAUGUCCUAUAACAUGGUGUCGGCCUGUAAUCGGCUCUGUCGGCUGAGGCUGCUGUGUAAGACCAGUGCUUCUCAGGACCAGGAGCUGAGACAGUGUGAGAGUGACCAGGAAGACACUGAAACCAAGCCCGCCUCCCUCAUCCGUCGCAGACUCAGUAGCAGCUCAUAAAGGUGUCCACAAGGGGGCGAUAAAUCUCCAAAUGGGCUCU